UUAAAAAGGCUUUAUUUUUUAACCACAGCUUCAGUGAAAUACAGUACCAAUACACUUCCGAUUGAAGGCAGCUUCAAGUCGAGGAUUGCUCCAAUUCUAUUUGAAGAAGCACAGCACCGAAAUAAGGUAUUGGUGACGGUCUCUUCUCAAGCUGGCAAAAAUCUUGCUUGGGCCACCGGUUAAAAAAACAAAAACAAAACAACACCGCCCCAAAUCCUCCUCAUUUUACUGAGGCAAAAAAAGCCCAGUGACUCCUUUCAAUAAUCGACCUGAAGUCAAUGGAAAUUUUGCCUAAGGCCUUCGGGAUUUGUCCAUUUGUGAUGUAAGCAACUCUAAGCACGGACAUCACUGCUGAAGGCUGAAUAAAAUACAAUACAUAAACUUCCUAAGGGUUUGAUCCUGCAGCCAGUGGUAAUUUGGCCUAUGAAGAAAGGGAGUGCAGGGCUGGGGCUACAGUAGUGUGGGUUGUUUAAUAGGUGCUUGCAAAGCGCUUUGAGAUCCUGGCACGGGGCUUAGUCCCUCGCAUCAGUUUGAGACCUAGCACCAACUGCCCCCAUGCAGUCAGCUUGCUCUGCAGCCUCCUUGCACCCUUCGGGGCUGCAAAGCGGAGGCGAGUAAGAAAGGUGCGACGCUGCCAGCCGCGGGAGGCAGGUCCCGGCUCGAGGGACAGGCCGGCGCAGCGUGUGGCCCCAUCUCGCCGGCUGGCCCGGAGCAGGCGCGCGCCUCCCGUCUCACGUUUCCUCAGCCCCGGGAAAAGCGUUGCACGGCGAGUGGCUGCUUGUGGGAAGCGCAGGAGCGGGAGGAGGCAGCCCAAGGGGGGGGGGCUCACACCCUUUCCUCCCCGCCCUCCCGCCGCCAGCCAGUCGCUCAGCCUCAGAGGCACAGGCAGAGGGCGCCUGAGCCAUGUCCGCCCCCUGCGGCCGCUGCUGCCGCUCAGCUCCACGCGUUGAGGAGGCUCCAGCACCCCGGGCCCCGCAGCCGCUGACAGGCGUCCUGCGAGCCAAGGCAGGAGAGUGAGUCGAGCGGCUCGCUCUCCCCCGCGCCGGCUUCGCCUAGUCCAUGGGGCUGCGCUGCGUGUGUGCAGGCAGGGGGCUGCAGCAGAAGGAGGAAGCCCCAUUGGUGUGAGCAGCUGCGCUCUCCCUCUCCUCCCUGCCCUGCCUCACCUCCCUGCUCCUGAGCGAGCCCGGCUCGGAUGUCCGGUUUCCUGGUGGCUUUUCACCUGGCAAACUCCAGCUAACUUCGGUGAGCAAUUGCACAGCGGCCGGGCGCGUUGGGAGCUCCCUUGCUGGGAGCUGGUGCUGCUGCAUCUUCUCCAUCCCAGGGAUUCUGCCGCCUUGGAUCUUGGGGGGAGGCAACCAACAAAGCCAAGGAGCCUCACGAUUCCCCGUACACUCCUCAAGCUCCCCCCGCCCCGCCACGCACCCACCCUGCCAUCCUUGCACAAUGCACUUGCUGGGAUUAUUCUCUCUGGUUUGCUAUCUGGCUGCUGCUGCUCUGCUGCUGGGACCCAGGGAGCCGGCCACCGCCGCUGCCUAUGAAUCCGGGCAGGGCUACUACGAGGAGGAGCCCGAUUUGGGGGAAGCAAAGAAUUGCACAGGACAAAGUCAGAGCAGAACUCGAAUUGGAGGACCAGAUCUCAGCUGCUACAAAUUGUCAUACUCUGUUAAAAUCAACAGAAUUAUAUUCACAACAACUGACAGUGCAGAAUUGUUCCUGUGUUUUCUGGUCCCCAAAUGCCUCCAGCAAGGGAGCUUCUGUCACUUCUCUAGGGAGGUUACAGAAUUUGGGCAGUUAUAUUGGAAUAAUCUUGUUGCACUUCCUCAGCAAACAUCAAGAUCGUAUUCUUCUUCUCCAUCAAGACUUCAUUUUGCGGCUCAUGCAAGCAAAGAGCUGGAAGAGCAGUUGCGGUCUGUGUCCAGUGUGGAUGAACUCAUGACAGUACUUUACCCAGAGUAUUGGAAAAUGUUCAAAUGUCAGUUGAGGAAAGGGGGCUGGCAACACAACAGGGAACACUCCAGCUUCGACCCAAGAUCAGAUGAUUCAGUAAAAUUUGCAGCAGCACAUUAUAAUGCAGAGAUCUUGAAAAGUAUUGAUAAUGAAUGGAGGAAAACUCAGUGCAUGCCACGCGAGGUGUGUGUAGAUGUGGGGAAAGAGUUUGGAGCAACAACAAACACCUUCUUUAAACCCCCAUGUGUGUCCAUCUACAGAUGUGGAGGUUGCUGCAAUAGUGAGGGGCUGCAAUGUAUGAAUAUCAGCACAAGUUACAUCAGCAAAACGUUAUUCGAGAUUACCGUGCCGCUGUCUCAUGGCCCUAAACCUGUAACAGUAAGUUUUGCUAAUCAUACGUCCUGCCGAUGCAUGUCUAAGCUGGAUGUUUACAGACAAGUUCAUUCAAUCAUUAGACGCUCCUUACCAGCCACGCAACCACAGUGUCACGUGGCAAACAAAACUUGUCCAAAGAAUCUUAUCUGGAAUAAUCAGAUUUGCAGAUGUCUGGUGCAGCAUGACUUCAGUUUCUCUUCCCAUCAUGGAGAUACUGACACUGCUGACGAAUUCCAUGAUAUCUGUGGACCUAACAAAGAACUUGACGAAGAAACUUGUCAAUGUGUCUGCAAAGGGGGUGUACGGCCUUCAAGCUGUGGACCCCAAAAAGAAUUAGAUAGAACAUCGUGCCAGUGUACAUGUAAAAACAAACUUUUGCCUAGUUCUUGUGGUCCCAGCAAAGAAUUUGAUGAAGAUAAGUGCCAGUGUGUAUGUAAAAGAACCUGCCCUAAACAUCAGCCACUAAAUUCUGCAAAAUGUAUCUGUGAAUGUAUAGAAUCUCCAAAUAAAUGCUUCUUAAAAGGAAAAAGGUUUCAUCACCAGACAUGCAGUUGCUACAGACCACCAUGUACAGUUAGAACGAAACGCUGUGAGCCUGGAUUUUAUUAUAGUGAAGAAGUGUGCCGCUGCGUACCCACAUAUUGGAAAAGACCGCUUAUUAAUUAGUGAAGAAAGUACUCCUUGCCAUUUUGGUGUACAUUUUUCCAUUAAAAAAACAACUGUGUUAACAUUGGAAUUAACUGUGCACCAGAGAUCCUGUGGGAGUCACAGAGACAGACACAUUGUGCUUUUUUCCCCCAAGAAAUAUGGAAAGCACAUGUAGACAAUAAUGGGGCUCAUGUUGUGUAAAGAACUCACUGAGGACUUGUUUUCUGCCAAUGACCAAACAGCCUUGGUUUUCCUCCUUGUGAUUUUUUUUUAAAAAGAGAUAAUGACUAUAUAAUUUAUUGCCACUAAAAACAUUGUGCAGCAUUCCUGUUUAUAGCAGUAACAAUUGUUAAAGCUCACUGUGAUCAAUAUUUUUAUAUCAUGCAAAAUAUGUUUAAAUAAAAUGAAAAUUGUAUUAUA